UUGAGUUUUUAGAGUUGAUCACAGAUGUAGUUCCACACAGUCACCACUGGGGGCAAAACAGACUUGUUGUGUUGAAUGGAUGCUGUUGUUCUGGACUGAGACUGGAGUCAUGAGACCAGGUUAACUCGUCCUCACACAUGUGAGUCAUGAGACAGAGGGCGAGAGACAGAGACAGAGAGAGAGACAGGAAAGAUGGUGGACAGGGACAUGUCCUGGUGGGUGAGGAUGUGCUGCUGCUGCAGUGGUGAUGAAGAAGAAGAAGAAGCAGAAGGAGAGGAGAAAGGGGGGAGGGAUGAAGAGGAGGAGGAGGAACUCACCUUCAGGAAAAGUACGAGUUUCACUUCACUCCCGUCGUCUGAGCUGGAUUCAGACCUGUCCCCCUCUGCGUCGCGGUCUCACUGGUUCCACACUCUGCAGAUGCGACGGCUGCAUGGACGCAGAGAACGCAGUAACAGUGAACCGUUAGGACGGACGGACAGUGAGGGACACUUCACCUGGAAACCAGGUCUUCAGUUUGGAACAACUCAGUCUUAUCUGAGUCUGGAGAAACUGGGUGAAGGAGCGUACGCCUCCGUCUAUAAAGGCAUCAGCAGGAUAAACGGACAGCUGGUGGCGCUGAAGGUGAUUCGUAUGAAGACAGAAGAGGGCGUUCCCUUCACCGCCAUCAGAGAGGCGUCUCUGCUCAAAGGUCUGAAACAUGCUAACGUCGUCCUCCUGCACGACAUCGUCCACACCUCAGAGUCCCUGACCUUCGUGUUUGAAUAUGUGCUCACAGAUCUGGCUCAGUACAUGAACCAACACCCUGGAGGUUUACACUCACACAACAUUCGUAUCUUCAUGUUCCAGCUGCUGCGUGGCCUCAGUUUCAUCCACAGUCGCAGGAUCCUCCACAGAGACCUGAAGCCUCAGAACCUGCUCAUCAGUUACAUUGGAGAACUGAAACUGGCCGACUUUGGUCUGGCUCGGUCCAAGUCCAUCCCCAGUCAGACAUUCUCCUGUGAUGUGGUGACUCUGUGGUACCGCCCCCCUGACGUUCUGCUGGGAUCCACCCUCUACUCCACCGCUCUGGACAUGUGGGGAGCAGGGUGUAUCUUCAUUGAGAUGCUGCAGGGGGCGCCGGCGUUCCCAGGAGUCACUGACUUGUUUGAACAACUGCAGAUGAUCUGGACGGUGCUGGGCGUUCCCUCUGAACUCACCUGGCCUGGAGUCACUUCACUACCUAAUUAUACACCAGAGAAGUUUCGUGGCUCUGAGCCCAAACUCUUCAGGACUGUCUGGAAAAGGUUGAACCAGCUCCCCUCUAAGACCGAAGACCUGGUCCAGAGGAUGCUGAAGGUUGUUCCCACAGACCGGAUCAGUGCUCAGGAGUCUCUGCAGCAGCUUUACUUCAGCACGCUUCCUCCUCCCAUCAUGCACCUGGGAGACAUGGUGUCGAUCUUCAAGGUUCCUGGUGUUUGUCUGGAGACAGAGGUCAGAGAUGUUUUUAACCCGAGGAGAAGAGUCAAAGUGUCGCUGCUGCCUGUCGCUAAGUGCUGGUGAUGAAACCUGCGUGAGCCUGAGAAAACGAGCAGAGGGUUCUUCUUCUUUGAUAGAUUGUUAAUUUGUAAAGUAACUAAAUACAUGUGAUGCAGUAACAGAAGUAAAAUAACUUAAAAUUU